AUGCUCAUGACCCAUCUGAUAGACUCCAGUGGUGGACCAACUGCGCCAGAUGCGUCUGUGCGCAUGUUUGUGUUUCUGGUCCCAACUGCUGAUGGUUAUGGUUAUGAUUGGCUGAACGAAGGCAAAAUAAGCCCGAAACAGUACUGUAUCAAUCUACCCUCAUUCUCUGUCGUCCCUGCUCACUGAUAUUUAUAUAUAUAAUCAUCUUCAAAUUCAUCAUAACUUCGUAAAAUCUUAUGGACAUGUCCUAAACUGAAAUACAUGCGUAGAAAAACACCUUUGCAUAUUCAAUGGGAAAUCGCAUUUUCAAAGCUUGAGCAUUAAAUAAGUGUCUAUACGGAUUUUAAAAGAACAUUCUUAUAAUUGCGCACUUUAAAAACAUUUAAAGAUAUUCGCCCGCUGCUCGUAUUUGUCUCUAAUUGACGAUUGCUGUAGUAGGAAAACCUCAUUUACGUAAUCCUCUUUAUAAUAGGACCAAAUUUUCAGCGCAUAGUGUAUCCUGCGUGCACACAUUGAAUACUACCUACAGUUGAAAAUGCUACCGUGCAACUGACGAAUGUUUGUUUAUUGUCGUAAAGUAAAUAACCUUCGAACACGAAGAAAGGUUUAUGUGAAUCGUGUUGUCUGCCGGAUGUAUUCCAGACAAUCGCAGGGGUUUCCUUGAACCUAAAAAUAGACACCAAAUGCAAGUGCUUGAUGUAAUUGGCAGCACCGAUUUACGACCUGUUUACGCUUCGGGUCUAGAACCCGAACAAACGAUCGAUAGCAACGAGCGAUCAGUAACCGAGGGGCGCUACCGACAGAGACGAGGCAACUGAGAUGGUUAUUCAUCGAUCUGCGUGAAAAGACAUAAGUCCGUCGUGCGAUUGAGAGGAUAGUUCGCGUGAGAACGCCUAGCGCCCAUUCCCCUGUCCUCAGCUUUAACAUUAAGACUUACCUUGGCCCUCUCUCUAUCCCCACCCUCAAUCCUGACCCUAACCUCUGGAAUUCAUUUCAAGGUCAUUUAUGAUACGGGGUGCUUAUUUCCGACUCCUAGCAAUAGGUAUUCAGUGUGCCAAUGCUUGCCUGCUAUUGCCAUCCCAUGCUAAUAUGAUCGAGUCUAAAGAACGCAAAAUUCCCGUCAUUCUUUGCCAUUAAAUUUAAUUUUCCUGUCAGCGCUUUCUUCGUUGUAUCGCCUAUCUCGUCAGAAGUCAGAUCUUAGACUGUAUUUAAAUUUAGAUUUCGUUUUCAAUUACAUCCCUCUAACAAGUUUUACUUCACUAAGAUGUGAACAGCAAAGAGCUACAGUAGGAGUUCAGUUUACUUAAUAGAUCACCCACGACCAUAGACCAGGGGAGUGAUUGACAGUAAAAUCUCUAUUCUGUCUUCUAAAGUGAAUAGAUCUGCAGCCGAUAGUCUGUGCUUUGACCCAAAAUACAACGAAUCUGCUUGCGUCAAUGAGGGUUUGGAAUUUAGUUUACGACUGGCUGCAUGGACGCGUAAACACAAAAGUCCAAUGGCUAUCAUAGUUUUCCACUAAAAAGGGGCUUUAUGUAGGUCGCGGGAGUCUCGCAACGCAAGCUGUUUGUCAAAGAACCCAAACCACGACAGCGUAAACAUUAAAACGCGGUAAGAAAAAAUUACUCUUAUCCUGACUAAACGACGAAAUGAUAAAGAAUAAUUUACCUUCAGUCAAAGACUACUGGGGUCUCCAUUUAGGCCUCGCAUGUGUAUGCAGAGAUCUGAUGCAGAGAGUUCUCUGCAAGCAACGUUUUUCGAUUCAUGUCACCUUAUGAAUCCUACUAGGGGUCAACAACAGGCAGGACAAAACUAUAAAAAGUAGUAACACUUCUAAUCGAGAAGCACGUAGGCAUCUUACAUAUUUUAUUACUGAGACCGUUUAGCUCUCUCUUAUCAUCGUCGACACUUCAUCCUGCGUAUAUAACUGCUCUUAAUACGACUGCCUGCAAGGAUUCUAACUCAUUGAACACACUCCCACCCCUUAAACGACUAUGUGUACUUGAAUGUGAACAUCUAUAUAUAAACAUAUAUUUGCUGCACUCUCCUUGCAUCUCAAGAUGAGGCCGGUGUUGACACAGUCUGCCUCGCGGACACCAAUACUACGCUCUCGAAGAAGGACAAAUGCUACGUCGUCGGCUGGGGAGAUUCCGGUGCAAUUUCGCCCUGUCCACCUAAGGGAAUUCUACGUCGUCAUCGUCGCGGCGGUCCACACGGGCUGUUUGGAAGACAUUACGCUUCAUUUGGCUGUCGCCACAGCCGAUUUUUACGCCAGAGAAAAGCUGCUGGAAUGGCCCCCAGUCUUGGGGAGGCCAAGGUGACACUAACAUCGCCGAAAAAGUGCGCGCGAUGGUCUUUGAAUCCGGACAAGGAGCAUCUUAUCUGCGCUGGUGGAGUCAGCAAAGUGAGUAAACAUGAGAUUUUGACCAAUUAAACGGGGGAGUCAUCGGUCGAAUUUCGGGGAAUGAUUCAAACUGCAUACAAUACGGACUGCUGCAAGGUAAAUGAAGCAAGUGAGAUAUCACAUACCCAGCAGAAGUCAAAUGCAUAGGGUUUGAUGGUCCGCCUUACCCCAACUAAUCUCUGUGUUUCCGGUGAACUCAACAUGGUAUCUAGUUUGUGACCGGCAUUAGUAAAUCGGAGUUAUCAUGUGAGAAUCAUACAAUUUCGCAAAGUGACGACGUUUUUUAAACUGGAAUGAAUCACUUCCUUCAGAGGUAAACUAUACUGAAGAAGUGCUUUUCUGCAGGUUGGAUAUCUAAAAGGCAUUAUCCAGAGAAAUAAAUGCAUCUAGACAACAAAUGUUCACGUUAAAAUUUGGUGCUGCGUUGAAGCUCUUAUGUUUUUCAGCUCAGUUGCUGUUACAUGUCGAAGAAGACUGCCAAAUGAGACCAACGUUCAGCAAAUCAAAGCGCAGUUACAAUUACAGGUAUAACCAGGGCUUGUUAAGCAAACGAGGAAUGGUCAGUAGGGUAACAGGAUUACCUUACAAACGCUUCAUAAAACCUCUAAUUAAAACGUUUCUCGGACUUAUCACCAGUUCGAAAGGUACAAUGACAAAAAACUCUUGGUGGAAGCCACAUAAAAGCAUAAGUUCAGUGCACAGAUUAAUCUGGUUGGCUUCCUCACAGAGUGAAUUAUUCAGCCGCAUUUUGAGCCAAGUUUUAGAGGACCGUGACAGAUGUGUGAUGCUACCGCAAGCAUGCUCUGACUGUGCGACCCACAAUUCGGCUUAAUGAAGUCGACAGCUGUCCUAUAGCAGGAUUCCGAUAGACAAGACUGGAGAAAUAGCGUGCCAGCCACCUGCUCCCUUCCCCGCCUCCCAUCUUCUUGACUUUGUAUUAACACCGACUCCAGGUUGAGAGUGGGGAAGAGGGAGGGCGGAUGAUGCUGCGCAGGUCUACUAGCACUAUAAAAUAGUUCGCGCGCAAGUUGUCACGCUUGCUGCACUUGCUGUCUAGCACACGGUGGACAUCGUCGGAAUCGACGGUCGAACUGUCAUCUUCCUGCAAGGGCUUUAAGGAUUGUAUGCGUCUGCUAUGACAUGGCUCAGCAAACAGUGAUCCUCACAACCCGGUAUGCGUUGGCAGUCCUGUGGCACCUGGUUUCCUGCCGUUAGAUGCGCUUGCGCUCCCGCUGGGUAAAUAGGCUGUGUUCAUGGUUACUCAGUGACCUGUGUUCAUGUCUGCUAUUUCUGACCGAUUUCCGUUGUUUGCUGAAAUCCUGGUCAAGCGUUUGUUGUGGACCAGGGCGUGUGGUAGUAUGGCUAGGGGCGGGUCCGGCUGUGCCAGCCACGUGCGCCCUCUCCCGCCUUCGGUCGUCCUGACUAUGUCUUGACAUCGGGCGCAGGUGAGGAGAAGGAAAGAGUGCGGUAGAUCCUGCGCAAGUUCACUCUCACUCUCACUCACGCGUGAGUCACCGUACCUGCUCUCACUUUGCUGUGGAACAGACAGUGAACGUCGUCAGAUGCGACGACCGAAUUUUCAUGCUGCUGCGAGCGGCAUUACGUCUGGGGUUGAGUAGGUAUGACAUCAAGAUAGUGCUAGUUGUGGUGACGUGUUAUCCGUCGAGAGAGCGUACUGGCUGCGAGGUGGAAAUGAAUGGCGCCAGGAGGCUUGGAGAGAGGGGAAACAAGAACACUACUGACAAGUCCCUGCUUGCUAAGUGAUCCAAGUUAACAUUAAUCUGCCUGACAGUACAGUCGCGAUCUCCCAAUCACACAUACCCACUCAAGAUGCGGUAGCAAGCGUAAUUGAAAAACUAUGUCACUGAAGCUAAAAAGCCAUCAGUAGUGCGAAAACAUUUCUGUCAAAGUCUAGAAGCCACAUCAUCGACCGACAACAGUAACAUAAACUGCGAGAGAGGGCAUGCUCGGAUGAUACUAGGGAAAGUUCCGAAAACGAAAACGAGAAUGGAGGAAAAUAGGCCUCCGCAAUGUCCUUCGGCGCAACCUCGGAAAACUGGGUCACAUGUUUAAUCAUAUUGACCAAUCGAGGAUCCAAAGCGUUUCUCAAAUGAAAGAUCAAUCUCGGAAGACCUUUGCAGUUCGUACUCGUUAACAUUGCAAAAUGAAGUAUGAGAAAAUCACACGGCGAAUCGAAAGUUUCAUUGGCGUUUUCCAGGUCUAUGAGUAUGAGCCAGGUGCGCCGUGCUAGUCUCUGAGUGCACCGUUUCUUUUAUUUUUUGGAUGAAAUAAAGGAAGGAGAAGGGCAUUUUAAUAUUUCUUUCGUUUCAUUACAGUUUCAGCCCAGUAUAAAACUCCGUAUUUACUGACGUCGAUUGCAAUACCCGACACUUAGUUAAAAUCAUCCUUGAGUUAUGGGAGGAUGAACAACUGCAGCAUUGGCGGUAGUUGCCGGGUUUUCGAGCAUUAGCCAUAAAACAAUGCGCCUAGAUGAGGUUAUCAACUCAGUCGAAAAAUAUGACAAGUAGGAGUAAAAUAGGCGCCCAACUUUUUCAUUAUUUUGUCAUUUAGUUUCCAAAACAACGUUAGAAUUCGUCAACAAUUUCAUGACUCAAGAGCAGGCCCACAGUAGGUCUCCGCGAUUUCCGUAGUCCUCAGUCAACUUAAAUCCUUUUUUUACUUUGUACCUUUACAUUCCUUGUCGGAUAAUUCUGUAGGGAGGGGAAGGGGAUUUGAACGUGAAACAAAAUUGAUACGUCUUCCUUUAUCUCUGUUCCAUUAGGCUGUUUGCACAAAUGACAAGGGGAGCGGUCUCUACUGCCACAAUGCAGAAACCGACCGUUGGUUCCUUCACGGAAUUAUCGGACAUUACUGGGGUCAUCGUUGUAGCGAAUCCUAUCGCCUCUUCAGUUCAGUUUCCAGCGUCUCCGCUUGGAUCCACCAACACAUUCGAUAA